UAUGUUGUGUAACAUAAAUGUAUGUCUUUGUUUCAGGCAAUCACAAACUCACGGCUACCGCUAAAGUUAUAGUAAAAAUCUGUGAACACGAGAUGAACGAGAUUGAAGUCUGUCCUGAGUGCUACCUGUCUGCUUGCCAAAAGAGAGACAACUGGUUCUGUGAGCCUUGUAGUAACCCACACCCUCUAGUGUGGGCCAAACUGAAAGGAUUUCCAUUCUGGCCUGCUAAAGCUCUGCGGGACAAAGACGGACAAGUGGAUGCUCGCUUUUUUGGUCAGCAUGACAGGGCUUGGGUUCCUUUAAACAAUUGCUACCUCAUGUCCAAAGAGAUUCCCUUCUCUGUGAAGAAGACUAAGAGCAUCUUCAACAGUGCCAUGCAAGAGAUGGAGGUCUAUGUGGAGAACAUGAAGAAGAAGUUUGGAGUGUUUAAUUAUGCCCCCUUCAGGACACCAUACACUCCUGACAACAACUUCCAGAUGCUGCUGGAUCCCUCCAACCCCUCAUCUGCCUCGAUCAAAUCUGAGAAACAGGAGAAGAUCAAACUGAGCUUUGAUAUGACGGCAUCACCCAAGAUCUCUUUAGCCAGGACCAUGUUGUCUGCAGCUGUAGUGGUGGGAGGGGGCACAGCAGGACGACGGCUCCCCCUCGCUGACAUGCCUCGAUCCCCCAUGAGCACCAACUCCUCCGCCCAUACUGGUUCGGAUGCAGAGCAGGAGACAGCGGACAAGUCCCAGACAAAGGCUCCAAACAGCCAGUACAGUACAGGAGAAGAGUCCAUGGACUGUACAGCAUCACCUGCCCAUCCUCGACCAUGUCCUGCAGGCAGUUCCUUGGACAGCCCUAAACCAUUCCACUCCCCAGCUCCCAGUGUCAAGCAGGAGAAGACGCCGCCCACAGGAAGCAUUCUGAACCUCAAUCUAGAUCGGAGUAAAGCAGAAAUGGACCUAAAGGAGCUCAGUGAAACGGUUCAGCAGAAACAAGGAGCAACACCCGUCCUCACUUCUCCAAAAAGACAGAUCAAGAGCCGUUUCCAGCUGAACUUGGACAAAACCAUAGAAAGCUGCAAGGCACAACUGGGUAUAGAUGAGAUCUCUGUUGAUGUGUAUAAAAGUGUGGAGCACAGUGACUCAGAAGACUCUGAUAAGUCUGACUCCAGUGACAGUGAGUAUGCCAGUGAUGAGGAGCAAAAGACCAAGGACGGUCAGGAUGCAGCCUCCAAUGAUGACACCCAGAAGGAGCCUAUCAAAAGUAAAGGCAAAGAUCAACCUUCUGUAAGCCAAGAUAAGGAGGGUAAAGCCGAUUCACUCGAGGCAUCAAACACGGCAGAAAGCGACGCCAGUGCAGCAGCAUCAGAUGCUCCGAAAAGAGAAAAAACGAGCGCGGAUUCUGAAAAAGAGAGCCCUGUCAAGACCAAAGCAACUCCACUAUCACCUCCUCUAAGGGAGAAGGUGCAGGCAAAACAAGAUUCAAAACCGCCGGUGGAGGACUCUGACUCAGAGAGAGAGCUGGUUAUCGACCUCGGAGAGGAACAGGGAAGCAAGGACAGGAAGAGGAGCAGGAAAGAUCAUACCACUCUUAAAGAGUCAUCUGUUGGUAAAUCUGAAGGUAAAGCCCUGACCCCAUCGACACCGUCUCAAAACAGCACAACUCCCUCCAGUGUUUCACCUAUGGCCAUCCCUGUCACCAUGCUCUCUUUCACUGCUCCCUCACCCUCAACCAUAAGCCUCGCACCCGUGUCCAGUGCCACCGCAACACCCCCUUCUUCUUCUUCUUCAUCCUCCUCCCCAGCCUCCACCACGCCUGCUUUGAAGAAACAGCGUCCUCUGCUGCCCAGAGAGACAGUGCCGGUGGUGCAGAGAGCGGUGGUCUGGAAUCCCUCCGCUAAGUUUCAGACCUCCUCGCAGAAGUGGCACAUGCAGAAGGUGCAGCGUCAGCAGCAGAACCAGUCACCUGUGGCCACCAUGCAGAUAGAGGCGUUGUCUCCAAAGCAAGGCCAGGCUCAAGCAUCAACACAGGCCACAGGAAAUGGCUCCACAGCAGUAUCCUCAUCUUCCUCUUCAGCACCGCAGUCUUCCCAAAGCACACGCUAUCAGACCAGACAGGCUGUUAAAGCUGUUCAACUAAAAGACUCCCCGCUCAGCACAUCCACGGUCACCCUGGUUACCAGUAGUCCAGCUUCUGUUGCCAUGAUGGCAGCGUCAAGUUUAGGCACAGCUGCCACCUCGUCACCAGUCGCCACAGACGUGUAUAUCCCCACGGCCUCAGCAGAAGUAGCUGCAGACAUUGCCAAGUACACAAAUAAAAUAAUGGAUGCAAUCAAAGGUACAAUGACUGAAAUCUACAAUGACCUUUCGAAGAGUACUUCAGGGAAUACAAUAGCAGAGAUAAGAAGACUAAGAAUCGAAAUAGAAAAAUUACAGUGGCUCCAUCAGCAAGAGUUGUCAGAAAUGAAGCACAAUCUUGAGCUUACAAUGGCAGAGAUGAGGCAAAGUCUGGAACAAGAGAGAGAGCGGCUGGUGACUGAGGUGAAGAAACAGACGGAGCAGGAGAAGCAGCAAGCAGUGGACGAGACCAAGAAGAAACAGUGGUGUGCUAACUGCAGGAAGGAGGCCAUCUUCUACUGCUGCUGGAACACCAGCUACUGUGAUUACCCCUGUCAGCAGGCCCACUGGCCCGAACACAUGAAGUCCUGCACGCAGUCAGCCACAGCCCCACAGCAAGAACCUGAGGCUGAGUCGACAGCAGAGCUCCCUAACAAAGGUUUAGGGCAGGCUGGAGGCCCGAGCACUCUGAGAGAAACGCCGGUCUCUGCACCGUCAGACAAAGACUGUGACAUGGAAAAGAGCACUGACAACGUUGCUGUUACUUUGUCCUAAACAAGAUUUCCAUACUUGAAAAUGUAAAUGUGUGUAGAUAUUUUUUUUCCACUGUAAAGAUAUGUCGAUGUAAAUUUGUCUGUUCAAGCGGCUGUUGAGGGAGCAAUCUAAAUCCUUUUUGAUAUAUAAAUAUAUAUCUAUAUUUGUGUUUGCCUUUUUAGGCUCACAUAUCCCAGUGUACAGUGGUUACAUUUUAAAUGUGGAAACAAGACUGACAGCAGAUAGUUAAUAACCACUAGAGGGGGCAGUCUACAAAAUGUAUACUGCACAUUCAUGCACAUUUACCAACUUUGGAGAGCUGUCAGCAUACAGAUUUUAAGAGCAUGCCUGAGUGUCACAAAA